CCACACGCUCGGGAUGCUCUUCAAGGCCGGCGGCGCCUUCACCCACUGCUGUUCUCGGCAGACCAGUUCGCUGACAGCCUUCAACCGGAAUCACCUGGACGCAUUCUGGCAGCGGUUUAGCCUCUUCUGUUUGAUGGCGCUCUGUUGGGUCACGGAAAUUCUCUCUUGGAAAAUUCACCCUCUGGAGAUGUGGAUCCUGACCGACAUCAUCAACUCCCUGCAAGGCUUCAUCGUGUUCGUGAUCUUCGUGACGAGUCGGAAGAAGCGCGAGAUUGUGAGUCACUCGUGGGAGGGCACCGUGUCCACCGUGUCCCAGGCGGCGAGGAAGCUCUCCCGUACGGACGAUACCGGCGUCGUGUGGCACGUGAGCGACGACCAGGUGUGCAUCUCCCACCCCGAAGGCUCGUCCUCGACCAGCAGCAAGCUCACCGAAGAACUGACUCCCGACUUGGGCGAGCGGCAGGACCGAGGGGGCGGCGACGGGGAGGCGUCAAGGGCGGGCGAGACCAAUCCAGGCUUCCAAAAAGCAGAUUGAAGCGGUUGUAAAGAUAUCAAAAUUCGUCUUUUAUGAAUGAAUGUGGAUACUGAAAUUAAGUUGUACGGCAGGUGAAAAAGUGCAUAAUUAUAAGGCGCAUUGAAGUUUAUUUUCAUAUUCGUUACAAGUAGUUGAUGUGGAAUGCGUGUUUGAAAGAUAUAAGUAAAUAUGCACAUGUGUUUGUGUGUGUUUUAUGUACUGAAUUUAUUAGUACAAAACUGGGGAGAAUAUUAUCCUAAGGCCACAUUUAUUAUUACACAAAAAUGAGUGAAUCAAGUAUUUCAUUGCAAAAUGGGACGUGCCAUUCUUGUGUGUUAAUGAAUUGUCAAAAGAACGAACCGGAGGAACUGAAAAAUGAUUUAAGUGUUAAGGAAAAUAAGGGAAGCAAAUGUGACAACAUGAAAGUUCAAGUAUUAAGCAGUGGGAAGCAUAGCAGAAACAAGAAUGCCUUCAGUGCGGUUGACGGCUGUGGCGACGAAAAAAGAAAACGGAGUUAGGGUGGCGGUACAAUAACUUUUUAAUGCCCACUCCCAAUACCCAGGCCAUUUUGUUAGCAAAUCUAAAACGGUACACUUUGGCGACGGCCCUGAGGAUGUCUGUGUGGUGACCAUCCGAUUUGUUUUAUGAAUGAAAGUGUGUUUAACUGAAAAUGUGAUGUGUACAUAAUCAAGCAUUUCUUUGAGAAAAAAGACUCAAAUUGAAAAUAUGUAUACUGUCUCAAAGAGAGAGAGAGAUUCCCAGAAAAAAUCAUCUAGUAUGACACGAGAAGCACUGAAACAUUAUUUUUUGAGAAAGAAAGUUAUUCUAUCGCAUUUUGGGAACGUCUGAUCUUAUUAUUGUCAUUAUAAUUAUCAUUAAUAAUAAUACCAUAAUCAUCAACUUUAUCACUGCUAUUGUUUCUACCAUUUGUUUAUCAUUGUUGGAAUUGUAUUAUCAUCAUUACGUCUUUUGUUAAUGACUUAUUAAUAACUGCCAUGAUUUUAAUGAUUAUGAUUAUUAAGAUCAUUGUCUUUGUUCUCACUACUGUUAUUAUGUUAUCGUAUAAUUAGCAUAACUGAUGUUGUAUUUGUGACUUUCAUUCAUCAAGUAAGACAUGUUAUGUGAACGCUAUUUCGUAUGAUAUAAAGACACUCAAAUUUAAAAA